GCGGGACGAGCGCUGCUCCCUGCUUAUAUUUCAGGCGCGGGGCUGUCGAUCUGCCCCGGCCAGGGCACACAGACGUCCAUUGUUGAAGCCCCUUUGGCGGCGGCGAGGAGCAGGUGCUGAUGGCGACGAUGUCAAUGCAGCUGGGCGGGCUGGUGCUGGCUGUGCUGGGCUGGCUGGGCUCCAUCCUCACCUGCGCGCUGCCCAUGUGGAAGGUGACGGCCUUCAUCGGUUACAACAUCGUGGUGGCCCAGGUCUUCUGGGAAGGGCUGUGGAUGAACUGCGUCUACGAGAGCACAGGGCAGAUGCAGUGCAAGGCGUACGACUCCCUGCUGGACCUCACCUCUGACCUGCAAGCCGCCCGCGCGCUGGUGGUCACCUCCAUCAUCGUGGCCUUCCUCGGCCUCCUCACCGCCAUCUCGGGGGCCGACUGCACGCGCUGCAUGGAGGACAAGAGCUCCAAGGGCCGCGUUUCCAUCGUGGCGGGGGCCAUCUUCGUGCUGGCCGGCAUCGUGCUGCUCAUCCCCGUCUCCUGGUCUGCCAACAGCAUCGUCACCAACUUCUACAACCCCAUGGUGCCCGAGGCCCUCAAGAGAGAGCUGGGGGCUGCCCUGUACAUCGGGUGGGCUUCCAGUGCCCUGCAGCUGCUGGGUGGGGGCAUCCUGUGCUGCUCGGGGCCACCUGUGGAGCGGGACCACUACCCCAAGUCAUACCGUGCGGUGAAGGGCUGCGGCCCCAUGGGCUACCCCAUGAAGGACUACGUGUGAGCUGCCCCAGCCAGGCACCAGCCCUUGGGCACAGCAACACGGUCUCCAUCCCCCUCACAUCCCACAUCCCCUGCCCACACACCGUGUCCCCACACCAGCUGUGUCCCCCCCCACCCUGUGCU